GACUGUGUUAAAAAUAAAUAUAAGUAUGGAUGAAGAAAUAUACUUUUUUUGUCAACAUUGCAAUGGCUUGAUCGAAUCAUACAAUGAAGCAGACAAUCAUAAAUGUUAUCGUGGAAAACAACUUUAUCAAAAUGAAGACGACACAAUCUUAUUAGUUCGUAAUUAUGAAAAUGAAAAUAAAAAAAACCAUGAAGGGCAAGUGUUUAACUACGAAGAGUCUGAAGUUCAUAAUUCUUUAUCAUCAGGUUACACUGCAAAUAUUGAAAGUGAUGAAGACUUAAAUAAUUCUGCAGAUUUUAAAACAGAGAGUAAUGCUAAGAAAAAUGCUGUGUGGACAAAGAAAGCCACGAUGGCAAUGCUUAACUUAUACGAAGCAAAUAUACAGAUGCUUAUUGAUGUCGGCAAGAGAUCACAGGUGUGGAAGACAAUAUCAGAUGGCUUAAAAGAUUUAGGUAUACAGGUAACAGCAGAUCAGGUUAAAUGGAAAUUUAAUCGCUUAAACACUAAAUAUAAGCAGUGUAUCCACAACAACAAUAAGAGUAGAAGAGCUCAUAUGACAUUUGAAUAUUAUGAUCAAUUUGAACAAAUUUUUCAUAAAGAGAAAAACGUUUCCACUCCACGUACAUUUUCUACAGAUGAACAAAAAAGAAAGCACGACAUAACUGAAUCAAAAAAUAUUGGUGAGAGUAAAAAAUUUGAAAUAGAUGCUACAUCCAGUGAAAAUGGUCUAACAACAGUUGAUGAGUCUCCAAAACUCAAAAUAACUCCGGUUGUGGACGUUAAAAAAACUCCAAGAAACCAGCAACGCAUUCAAAGUAUGGAACUACAAAACAUUGAAGAAAGCCAGAAGUCUAGAUAUGGAAAACUGAACAUAUACUUAAAAAUGAAAGAGAAAGAAAUGGAGUUAAAGAAAAAAGCAAUAGAUAUUCGUGAAACAGAAAUUCAAGUUAAAAGAGAUGUUGCGAGUGAAAAACUAAAGUUUAAAGAAAACAAGCACAAGGACUGGUUAAAUAUAGAAAAAAAGAAAUGUGAGCUUCUGGAAAAAUUGUUAAAUAAUUCUUUAUCAACAGGUUACAAUGCAAAUAUUGAAAGUGAUGAAGACUUAAAUAAUUCUGCAGAUUUUAAAACAGAGAGUAAUGCUAAGAAAAGUAAGAAUAAAAUUAAUUUUUAA